CUAUCCCAUUGGCUUACUGAAUGUCACUUGCUUUUACGGAACAGAACAAUAACAUUCAGGGGGAAAUGGCUGAUGAUAGCGUUCCAGAUAUAACCAGAUUUCAAAUGUAUUUAUUUGGUUGUACACUCAAAUCGGACAAAAAGGAGUUCAAAGUUGAGGAGGACGAUGAUGCGGAUCAUCAGCUGUCACUCAAAGCAGUGUGCCUGGGUGCUGAGGCAGAGGAUAAGUUUCACACGGUGGAGAUCGAGGGCGUCGCAUACGACGGAAAGACCACCAAAAUUCCACUGGCUGUGCUGAAGCCGUCUGUUCUGCCCUCUAUGAGUUUAGGAGGGUUUGGGAUCACCCCUCCAGUAACCUUCCGCCUCCAGUCUGGCUGUGGACCAGUGUACAUCAGUGGACAGCAUUUUAUCAAUGUGAAGGACUCUGAUGACGAAGAAGAGGAAAACAGCUCGUCACCUGUGACGAGGCCGUCAAGCUUGACCUCAGGGAAGCGUCCAGCUCCGAAGAAAAUGAAAAUGGAGUUAAAUGAUGAUGAUGAUAGCGAUGGAGAUGACGACGACGACGAUGAUGAUGAUGAUGAUGACGAUAGUGAUGAAGAUGAGAGUGAUGUGAAAGUACAGAAGGUCCCAGUCAAACCAACCAUAAAGAAAAGCCCGGAGCCUUUGGGGCAGAAGCCUAAAAGUGUGACAUUGGCGCAGAAUGGCUCACCAGGGAAUCAAGGGGGACCAUUGGCUAAACCUCAAACCAAGACACCAGUGGGAGGAAAAGACAAGAGUCAGAAGGGAAAGUCUGGAGCUGGCCCAUCCAAUGUUCUCACCGUGCCUGAAAUCAAGAGCAAGCUAGCAUCGUUAGCCAAAGAGGGAAAACCUCUUCCGAAGACCGAGGCGAAGUUUGAAAACUUUGCCAAAAGUUCUUUCAGGAUGUCAGAUAAAAACGUGGUUAAAGACCUCUGGAACUUUGUACAAACAUUGAAAACAGAGAAGAAAUAAGUAAUUGCAUUUCUUACAGUUAUGUUUGAUUUUUUGGUUUUCUCCUCUAUGCUUUCCCCAAGAACAUUGAAGCUCUUAAUGUUUUAACCCAUUACUUAGAGCAUCAGUGAAUACGUGUGUAACAAUGUCCCCCCCUGCUAAAGAAACAGUGUUAGCCUACUGUUGGUGUCCAUCGGGGAGCCAUAGGCCUUUGCACUAUGGUGAUGUUUUGCAAACUGUUUCAUAUGUUCAAUCAAGUCCCUGCUUAUUAAAGGAAUAGUUCAUACAUGAUUUUCUAAUUACGUAGGUUGUUGUCGAUCGACCCAGUUUUAGGCACAUAUGUGGGUUAUUUAGUCAUUUUCACCAGCAUCUGGUUAGCUCAGAAUGUUAGUAUUCUUAGCAUGUCCAUUGGCAUCAAUUGUGGCAAUGCUAGAAUAAAAAUACCAAAAUUACCAUAUCACUCCAGAGAUGAUCAUUAGUAAUUGAGGGAAUGAUUUCAUUACCGUCGCUUUGUAAAAAUAACUGGGUUGCUCGACGAAAGCCUAGGUAAGUGGGAAAUGAUGUGUUUUUAUCAUGUACUUUGUUAACUGUACCUUUAAUGAUGACAUUGUUAUUUGUAAAUAGUCCGUACAAUUUAAUGCGCUGUUAUGGCAGCUUCAAAAUACUGUAGAUCGGUUAUCGAAACAAACUCCUCUGGUUCUGGCUUGUGUAUUUUUGGUUUUAAUGUUCGUUUUAACAUUGCUCUCUAAUUAUG